UCGCUCACUGUUUCUCGUUAGACUCUCUUCUGCUCUCCUUUUCCCUUCUCUCUCCACCGCUUCAAAAGCAGAGCAACAACUACUGUAGAGAGAACAAAAUCAAGGACCACAAAGAAGACGGAAGAGAGAAAAGAAGGGGGGAGAGGGAAGAAAAACAAUUUCAUAGCCGGUGGAAACCAAUCCCUCGAAAUGCCGCCACCAACACAAUCGACCCCUAGCCUGAACGGUGACCACAGACCGCCACGCCCACCGCAGAGUUUAAACACCCAUCACCACCACCAACACCAACAUCAUCCUUACUACCCAUCAACGUCUUCUUCCAACUCAGCCUCCCUUAAAGGCUGCUGUUGUUGCCUCUUCCUCCUCUUCUCCUUCCUCGCUCUCCUUGUCCUCGCCAUUUUCCUCAUCAUCAUUCUUGCCGUCAAGCCUAAGAAACCUCAGUUCGAUCUUCAACAAGUUGGAGUCCAGUACAUGGGCAUCUCCGCUUCCAACACCGCUUCGUUUGACCCCACCACCGUCGCCACUGGUCCCACCACCGCUUCACUCUCUUUAACCAUCCACAUGCUAUUCACCGCCGUUAAUCCUAACAAGGUUGGCAUCAAGUAUGGAGAGUCCCGGUUCACUGUUAUGUACCAUGGGAUUCCUUUGGGGAAGGCUUCGGUUCCUGGGUUUUACCAGGAGGCUCAUAGCGAGCGACAGGUAGAGGCCACCAUCUCCGUUGAUCGCUAUAGCUUGCUGCAGGCAAAUGCUGCUGAGUUGAUUAGGGAUGCCUCGUUGAAUGAUAGAGUGGAGCUUCGGGUUCUGGGUGAAGUUGGUGCUAAGAUCCGUGUUCUAGGCUUCGAUUCCCCUGGAGUCCAGGUAUCUGUGAAUUGUGCAAUAGUGAUAAGUCCAAGGAAGCAGUCUCUUACUUACAAGCAGUGUGGAUUUGAUGGAUUAAGCGUCUGACUAAGAAGAACAUGGCCAACAGCAGAAUGCAAAGAUGAAGAAGAAAAAGAAAAUUAAUUUUCUUUGUUCUGUUCUCUAAUUUAAUUUUUCUCUCUCUCUCAAGAGUUUAGUAAGUGAGAGUGGAGAAAAGCAAAAGAUAAAAAAAAGCUAGAAAAUAGAAAGCAAGUUAAGACUGCAGAGACCCAUAUCCUCACAUCGAUGAAUGGAGUUAAAUGGAACGCAAAGAUGGGUGAUAAAAGAGAAAUGGGGAUAUUCUAAUGGGAAAUCAGAAAAAAAAAGGGGUUUUCCCAAGAUUUUGCAUUUUUUUAAUGUUGUUUACUUCACUUGGAAGGAAAAAAGAAAAAAGAAAUGAAAAAACAAAAGCUGAUUGCGUGUAAAGUGUAAUUCUCAUGUAAUGCCAUCCACACCCAAUUAGCUUA